UGAUUACAUUGCUAGAAUAAUGAGAGAUUGUCUCAUACUAAUGUUCUGGCUCAGCAGCCGAGACAACGUGACGUAAACGAGGGGCGGGGCUUCGCGCUUCCGGGUUUGUUUGUAGGAAACCUCACUUCCGUCGCCGAAGCUGCCAUUACUUGAAUGAAGAAAGAGUAGAGAAAAAACGAGAGGGGAGGGCGCCGAGAAGCGGCACGCCUCGAGGAGGAAGAAAAGGCUCGCUGCCUUUGGAGGAAGUAAUUGUAAAAAAAAAAAAAAAAAAGAAACCUAGCUAGAGGAAGCGAGCUCGAAGUCGAGCACAUUAGCAGCUCCCAUGGCUCAGUCAGCGGCUAACGGCGUGAGCCAGGACCUGGCGAGCAAGAGGCUCAACUCAAGGAUGGAGGCGUCUUGCUUGGAGUUGGCCUUGGAAGGAGAGAGGCUCUGCAAGGCUGGGGACUUUAAAGGGGGAACAGUGUUUUUUGAGGCCGCUGUCCAGGUUGGCACAGAAGACCUGAAGACCCUCAGUGCCAUCUACAGCCAGCUUGGCAACGCCUACUUUUACCUCAAAGAGUAUGGCAAAGCCCUGGAAUACCACAAACAUGACCUCACCUUGGCCAGAACUAUAGGAGACAGAAUUGGAGAAGGAAAAGCCAGUGGCAACCUUGGCAACACUUUAAAAGUGUUGGGGCGCUUUGAUGAGGCUGUCGUCUGCUGCCAAAGACAUCUGGACAUUGCUCAAGAGCAGGGUGACAAGGUUGGAGAAGCCAGAGCGCUGUAUAACAUUGGGAACGUGUUUCAUGCAAAGGGCAAGCAGCAGCUGUGGAGCUGCCCCCAGGAACCAGGAGACCUGCCAGCUGAUGUUAGAGACACACUGCAGAAAGCUACGGACUUUUACGAGAUGAACUUGUGUUUGGUCAAAGAGCUUAGUGACCGAGCUGCUCAGGGGAGGGCCUAUGGGAAUCUUGGCAACACCCACUACCUGCUGGGUAACUUUGUUGAAGCAAUCAAGUUUCACCGUCAGCGAUUAUCCAUUGCGAAAGAAUUUGGAGACAAAGCAGCUGAAAGGCGAGCCUACAGUAACCUCGGUAAUGCCUUGAUAUUUCUGGGACAGUUCAACGCAGCCACAGAGUACUACAGGAAAACUCUACAACUGUCCAGGCAACUGAGGGAUCAGGUGAUGGAGGCUCAGGCUUGUUACAGCCUGGGAAACACCUACACUUUGCUGCAGCAGUACGAGAGGGCUAUAGACUACCACCUGAAACACCUGUGUAUAGCCCAACAGCUCAAUGACAGGGUGGGUGAGGGCCGUGCCUGCUGGAGUCUGGGAAAUGCAUACGUGUCUUUAGGGAACCACAAACAGGCUCUCCACUAUGCCCGAAAGCACUUGGACAUCUCUAGAGAAAUAGGAGACAGAAAUGGGGAGCUGACAGCCAGAAUGAAUGUGGAGCAGCUGAUGGAGGCUCUGGGAGUCAAUGAGAGCGAUCUUUCACCCUCCAGUUCAGAGUUUGAGAUGCAAGGAGCAAGACCCAAAAUUACCAAGAGAAACAGCAUGGACAGUGUAGAGCUAUGGAAGUACUCUUCAGAUAAGAAUGGGGACAACCAAGACUUGGAAAGUAUACCAAGAAGAUCUAAGAGUCAGCUCUCACAAGCUGGUAAAAGAAAAGGCUAUUCUGACAGUCAGACGUCGGACGAAAGACCCUGGUUGGAUUCUCCCGUAGACACUGAUGACAUCACUGUUCAAGUCCCUCCUCCAGUGUCGAAGCUGGGCCGUGACCCCUCUGAUGAGGACUGCUUCUUUGACCUCCUUAGCAAGUUCCAGAGCAGCCGCAUGGAUGACCAGCGCUGCCAUCUUGAUGAUCCACAGAACGGAGACAACGGAGAGGGAACUGCGAACACGCCAACCCUGAAUGAGAUGAUAGAUCCUGCAAUUACUACUUCCCCCCAGACCGAGGAGCUCUUUGAUUUGAUCGCUAGCUCUCAGAGUCGUCGUCUUGACGAUCAGCGUGUAAGCGUUGGAAACCUUCCAGGCCUUCGGAUCACACAUAACAACCUAGGGCAUCUCGUUGGUGAAGGAGAUCAUCAAGAACCCAGUGAUGACUUCUUCAACAUGCUUAUAAAGUGUCAGUCCUCCAGGAUCGAUGAUCAGCGGUGUUCCCCACCAGAAGCAGGCCCUCAUGCCCCUACAGUGCCAGAUGAAGACUUCUUCAGUCUAAUCCAGAGGGUGCAGGCCAAGCGCAUGGACGAGCAGCGAGUCCAGUUGCCCGAAGACGACCAGGACAACCCUCCGUCUCCUGACCCAGAGCCACCCGGUGGCUUUCCAAGCUAGAAUUGGGUGAAUAAUGCCACACAACUUCGUGUCAAAGAAAGUAAGACCAGAGAAAGUGAAAGGAUGAUGAGCCGACAUGUAAAGGCCGCACUGAAGAGUGAACUAACCAGAACAUUAUUAAGAAGACAAAUUCCAUGUGCAAUAGGUGGUGCUCCAUUUAAUGUUGCUUGAUGUAUUAAUUACAUGCAAAUAUAAUAAAACAUGCAAAACAGAGGCUUGAUGGGGGUGGGCAACAAAAAACAGUUUGGGGGUAAAAUAAAAAAAGCUAUAGUACAAUGUAUAUACUAAAUCUGAUGCCUUAAUCUGAAUAU